GGGAGGAGUUAAUAAACAAACAAAAAAAAAGAAAUAAGUUUUCAAUGAGUUUUCACCCCCUGGUUUCUGAGUGCGCCAUUUUAAAUAAAAGUUUAUUCAAACUGUACAGUAAUACAUUUGCAGUUCUAAUACCAGUUAAAUAUAAUUCUAAUUAAUUUAACACUAAUUAGGGAAUCUGUCUGUCUGGGAUUGUUGUCUGUCCAGGGCAGCUUUCUGUCUGGGGACAGCGUAUCUUCUUGUCUGGGGUGUUCGUCUAUCCCCGUCUCUUCGUCUGUCUGGAACGCAGGUGUGUCUGGAACGCAGGUGUGUCUGGAACGCAGGUGUGUCUGGGGCAUUUGUCUCUCUGGAGUGUUUUCGUGUCUGUGGAUCAGUGAAUCAGUCCUGCAGCUGCAAUGCAAACCUGCUCUCAGGCAUCACUUCAGUGCACAACAACUUUCUUCCUCUCCGUCUCAGAAAGAUCUCGUCCUCCUAAUGUUCCUUCACUGAGAGGAUUAUGACUGAUGGGAUGAUGUAUUACGGUGUUUAUGAAGAUGAUGACACACACACACACACACACACACCUGCAGCAGCUUCACCCAUCCAUGUGUUUAACUGUCAGUGAGCUCCAGUGGAUUCAGCAUGCCUGACUUCGAUGUCAUCGUCCUGGGCACCGGGCUCAAGGAAUGCAUCCUGUCCUGUUUGCUGUCCAUCUGCAGGAAAAAGGUUCUUCACAUCGACCAGAACCCGUAUUAUGGUGGAGAGAGCGCCUCCAUCUCACCUCUGGAAGAGCUCUAUAAGCAAUUCCAGGUUCCGGGACCUCCUAAAGGAAUGGGACGUGGCAAAGAGUGGAAUGUCGACCUCAUUCCAAAAUUUAUGCUAUCCAACGGGCAGCUGGUGAAGAUGCUGCUGUUUACGGAGGUGACGCGAUAUUUGGACUUCAAAGUCAUCGAGGGCAGUUACGUGUUCAAAGGUGGAAAACUCCACAAAGUUCCCAUCACAGAGGCAGACGCUCACGCUUCAGAUUUGAUGGGCAUGUUUGAUAAGAGGAGGUUCCGGAAGCUGCUCCUCUUCAUCCUGAACUUUGACGAGCACGACCCGCGCACUCACCAGGACAUGGACCCGCACCGGACCACCAUGAGGGACGUGUUCCGCCAUUUUGAUUUGGGAUUGGACGUAGUGGAGUUCGUUGGACACGCACUGGCGCUGUACAGCACUGAUGAUUAUCUGGACCAGCCGUGUCUGCAGACCAUCAAGCGGAUCCGGAUGUACUCGGAGUCUGUGGCUCGGUACGAUCACAGUCCUUACCUUUAUCCGCUGUACGGACUCGGGGAGCUGCCGCAGGGCUUCGCCAGGUUGAGUGCUCAGCAUGGAGGCACGUACAUGUUGAACCGCCACGUUGAUGACAUCAUCUUGGAGAAUGGAAUAGUGGCGGCGGUGAAAUCUCAAGGAGAGCUUUUCCGAUGUAAGCAGCUCCUGUGCGAUCCCAGCUACGUCCCCAACCGGGUGAAGAAAGUGGGCCGGGUCAUCAGGGUCAUCUGCCUGUUGAACCAUCCAAUCAAAAACACUCACGACGCCAACUCGUGCCAGAUCGUCAUACCGCAGACGCAGGUGCACAGGAAAUCCGAUAUCUACGUGUGUUUGGUCUCCUCCUCUCACAACAUGGCUCCUGAAGGGAAGUACAUCGCUGUAGUGAGCACGACCGUAGAGACGAGCAACCCGGAGAAGGAAGUGCAGCCGGGACUGGCGCUGCUCGAACCCAUCAUGGAGAAGUUCGUCUCCAUUAGCAACCUCAUGGUGCCCACAGAUGACGGAAGGCGGAGUCAGGUUUUCGUGUCGCGCUCCUACGACGCCACCACACACUACGACAUGGAGUGUGAGGACAUUAAGGACCUUUUCCGGCGCAUGACAGGGACAGAGUUCAGCUUCGAAGAUUUCCGCAGAGAGUGUGAGGUCGACACGGACGAUUAGAACUGCAGCACACACACACACACACACACACACACACACACUUUUUGAAACUGGUGUUAUAAUAAAUUGUUCUACAGCCUGGUGAACACUACAGAAGUGUUUAAAUAUUGUGUACAAUAAAAUAAACUCUAAUUAAUACUCA